AUGUCUAGUGCUCUCGAUCGUCAACGAUGUGCUGCCCUCGCCACUGUCAUUUUCUUAUUUUAUUUCAUAGGAAUUGUCUAUGGAGUGAGUCAAUUGCUGAGCUUGUCAGAGAAGACCACAUAUCCGGUCGAGUGGUUCCUGCUGUGCAGCAUGUAUCUAUCCUUCUUUCUUUCUUUUCUUCGAUUCGGCAUGCGAUCCGGACUGCACUCUGCGUAUGACUACCUAACUAGCACCCGUGCACGUUCCGCUUGCGUGCUGCUGAGCAGGACCCGAUGCAGCAGGCCCGAUCAGGCAAAAGAAAAGAUUGCCUCCAUCGUCCAGGCUGCGUGGAUUAUCCUGUCCACUAUCUACUACUACUACUGUCCACUGUCCACUGUCCUCCAAGGCCCCGGCAGACAUGCAUUCCGGCACGAUUUAGCGGGAUAUGCACGACGGAGACCAGUGGCUAGCGGCCUGAGAUUGCAGGCCCAACCUGGAUCAACCUUUGGACAGACUCCAGAGGAAACCCUGUGGUUCGGUCGCGUGAGAGAGAGCUGGUGA